AUGGACAGACUUCGCGACUGUUUGUAUAUUCAUGCUAGAGAUAACGUGCAAAACGUUCGCCUACUGGCUGGAAUUUUGCUGCGCACCGGUUCUGCUGCAGUGAUGGCAGCUGAGAUGAAAGGCCUGGCGCUCCUUCGACUCCUCAAGUUACUCAGAAUCAUGGUCGUCAUCCGCAAGGUGUCAGAGGGUCGGAAAAAACUAGAAGUUUUGAAAACCAAGUCUGCUGUUACUGUGGGUUCCUAUGUGGACAAGGUAUUGGAGCUCAUCGAAGAGCUUCAAAAUGCGAGGUAUUUGCCGCCAUAUCUCAAGGAUGAUCUAGACUGGGUUAAAGACGUGAUCGUGAGUAACAAGCUGUACGAAGUCAGUUUUGACACGGAUGCGAUAGAUGCCAAUAGUGAUGGUGCCGACAACAGCGACGAGAUGGCAGCGUGGAUUACAGCGGCAAAUGGGGCUCCUGUUAAAGCGGAUGACGACAUGAAGUCUCGUGGGCGCAGUGCGAAAGAGUCGAGCCAGAAUCGGGAAGCUCGGGAGACUGCUAGACGUCUAAAUGAAGAUAUGUUCAAGACUAGUAACAUGACGUCUGGUGAGCAACAGCAAAUAGAGUCCAUGUUGAGUACAAUCGAAAAUUGGAGUUUCGAUAUCUUCCAGUUCGGCGAGAUUCAAGAGUCUUUCCAUCCCCAAGUACAGUUCCACAACAUGUAUCAUACUGCUGACAUGAUACAGGCGAUACAUGUGAUGUAUCGCAUGGGUAAAGUUGACAAAAAUCUGAGCCACCCUGCGAGGUUCGCUCUCUUGUUCGCCGCUCUUAUCUGUCACAUGCGACACCCGGGCCUGACAAACGACUUUAUGGUUAAAGCUCGCACGCCUGAGGCUAUACGAUACAAUGACAAGGCUGUGCUACAACACUGCCAUCUAGCUCACGCGUUCAGUCUCCUCGAGAGUCAAGAGUUCAAUUUCAUGCUGAAAUCAGAGCCGGGAAUAGUGACUGAGCUGCGGAAAUUCGUCAUUCAUAUGAUCCUCCGAUUGGACAUCAGCCGACACAUGACCGAGAUAACUAAUCUAACCAGCGCAAUGGCUGCUGAGUUUUUUCCUUGCAGAGAAGACGACACUCUGUUGUUACUCUCGGUAUCGCUAAGAGUCGCAGACAUAUCAUGGGCGUGCAGGCCACCGGAGAUUUAUUCUCAAUGGGCGGAGAAAUUUUUCGAGGAGCUCUACCUCCAGGGCGACUUGGAGAAAGUCAUGAGAUACCCUGUAUCCCCCUUCUGUGAUAGAGAUACUGUACAGUCUACUCGGGCGGAGCUUGCCUAUGCCUACGUCAUGGUUACACCUCUUAUCAAUGCCUAUACUGUGCUCUAUGAUGGUCUCGUCAAGGCUUGGGUGGUUGAAGGAUUAGAGCCGAAUAAGAAAGGGCUGCGCGACAAGAUCGGUAUGACUGCAUGA